CAAUAAUAUCGGCGACGAGUCGUGUCCUCCCCCAAUAUCGGGCCAGCCCAAUCUCCUCCGCUAUAAAUCCCGACCCGGAUCCAUCCAUGGAGGUUUGGAAAUAUCGAGUCCUGGGAUCGGUAGCCGCCCUGCUCUUACUGCUCGCCAUCGUCUUACCGUUUACUCAGACCGAGACCAAGGAGAUGGCUGACGGGGCGCUGGUCGGCGGCAUCAAGGACUCGCCGGCGGGGCAGGACAACGACCUCCACAUCGUCGACCUCGCCCGCUACGCCGUCAACGAGCACAACAACAAGGCCAAUGCUCUGCUGGAGUUCGAGAAUGUGGUGAAGGUCAAGCAGCAGGUUGUUGCUGGCACGAUGUAUCACAUUACGGUUCAGGUCAACGAAGGAGGGGCCAAGAAGCUCUAUGAGGCUAAGGUGUGGGAGAAGCAAUGGGAGAACUUUAAGGAGCUUAAGGAGUUCAAGCCUGUCGAGGGCGGUGCAAGCGCCUAAGGGACGUCCCAAUUGUGCAAGCUUAUGCAGAUAUGGUGUGGAUAUUGCUGACAGUCGGACAUGCUUCCACUUGUUCUGUUGAGUAUAUUAUCAAGAAUAAAUCUGCUUCUUGCAAGUUGUUUUAAAUACAGCUCUGAAUAAAAUUAUCUGAAUCGUACUAGUAUUGUGCAA